AAAUCCUCAACCUCGCUCCUCUUCUGCCUCCCUGCAGUAUCUUCAUUAUCUACUCGCAGAAAUACCCCAAUAUGUCUCAGACUCAUCCUCUCAUUCCUCUCUCAGUUGACGAGACCAAUCUAGCCCGCGACGUUAUUCGGGCCGCUCAUCCUCAGAAUGUCUUGAAGUUCCGUGUCAUUUACCUUGAAGAGCCGGCGAAGGAGGUCUUGGCACCUUACCUGGAUCUAGAGCAUGGUGGAAAGAUCACCAGUUCUACGCCCAGACCUGCUCGUGAAGCUCGAGUUCACUUUGACACAGCUCAUGGCGGCAAGCCACCUCAAUCGCAUGAGGCUAUCGUUGACCUCAACACAAGAAAGAUAAAGCAAAUUGAGUCAAUCCGCGCGGAUGCUCAAGCAGCUUUCACAAGCGAAGAGCUUGAUGACGUGCGAAUUAUCUGCCGAGACUCCCCCGUUUUCAAGGAGCGCAUCACCAAGUUCAACCUUCCCCAAGGCUUUGAAGUCGUUGUUGAGCCAUGGCCAUAUGGUGGUCUGGAUGCAGCUGAUGACCCCAAUCGCCGGCAUAUGCAAGCUCUGAUCUACGCUGCUGACAGCAAGAACCGCGAAUGUAACUUCUGGGGCUACCCUCUACCCAUCAUUCCUGUCAUCGACGCCGAGACACGCGAAGUCAUCCGUAUCCAUGAAGUUGCCACAGGCGGAGGUAACGACCCUCACACUUUCGCUGAGGGUGACUACGCCCAAGUCAAUAUCGAUCAUAUGACACCAUCUGAAUACGUCCCUGAGCUUUUGCCAGGUGGUCUGCGAAGAGAUCUGAAGGAGCUCAACGUUGUUCAACCAUCCGGACCCAGCUUCAAUGUUGAGGACUCGAAUGUGAUCAAUUGGCAGAAGUGGAGCAUGAGGGCGACAUUCAACCCUCGUGAGGGUGCUGUCCUGCAUGAUGUCCGUUUUGACGGCCGAAGUGUUCUGUACAGACUGUCCAUCAGCGACAUGACGGUUCCUUAUGCGGACCCUCGACCUCCGUUCCACCGUAAGCAGGCUUUCGACUUUGGCGACGGGACACUUGGCGAUGCUUGCAAUAAUCUGCAGCUUGGAUGCGACUGCUUGGGUGUUAUUAAGUACUUUGAUGGUGUAUUGGUUGAUCACAGCGGUACCGCACGCACGACCAAAAAUGUUAUUUGUUUACAUGAGCAGGAUAACGGGAUUAACUGGAAGCAUACGAACUGGCGCACUGGUCGAGCUGUCGUAACACGCAGGCGAGAGCUUGUGGUUCAGUUCAUCAUCACGCUGGCCAACUACGAAUACAUCUUCAACUAUAUCUUCGAUCAAGCAGGAGCCAUUACCGUACAAGCCCGCGCCACCGGCAUCGUCUCCUCCGUUCUCAUCGAAGAGGGCAAGACUGCUCCCUGGGGCAACGUCGUGAGCCCCGGCAUUCUCGCCCAAAACCACCAACACAUCUUCUGCGUACGCAUCGACCCCGCCAUCGACGGCCACAAGAACACCCUCGUCCAAACAGAAUCUCUCCCCAUGCGCAUCGACGCUCGCACCAACCCCAACGGCAACGCCUACCAAGUCGUCACAACUCCAGUUACAGCCUCAGCAGGUCUUGACGCGAAUCCGUUCACAGAUCGUACUUUCAAGGUGCAGAAUAUGGAUAAGCUUAAUCCUAUUAGUGGACAGCCUGUUGGAUAUAAGAUUCUUGCGCCGGUGACGAGGCCGUUGCUUGCUGAUCCGAAUUCUACGCAGGCUAAGAGGGCUAGGUUUGCGCAGAGACAUUUGUGGGUUACUAAGCAUCGUGAUAAUGAAUUUUAUGCUGGUGGUCGAUAUACCCUGCAAUCGGUCUCGGAGGUUGAGGGUGUUGCAGAUGCUGCUGAUAGGAACGAUGAUGUUUUCCAGCAGGAUAUUGUGUUAUGGAGUGUAUUUGGUCUUACUCAUAACCCCAGAGUAGAGGACUGGCCAGUCAUGCCCGUCGAGAUUCUUGAUCUCCAUAUUAAGCCUGCCGAUUUCUUUACAGCAAACCCGGCUAUUGAUGUGCCUGGCAGGAAGAACUUUACUUCCCAGCUCACAAAUGCAGAAAAGGCCGAGGAGUCAUCAUGUUGCUCAGACAGUAAGCCUCGCCUAUGAAAUAUCUAUUCUGAGAAUGUUUGG